AUGAGGCUCACAUUAGCAUCCUUUGCUGGAGUUGUUUUUGGCUUCUUUCUAGGAGUGUCAUCUCCAACACUAUCAUUAACUAAAAUGAAUCUCCCAUCUAGCAUUUUUCCAUCCAUUGAUCUCACUUUUGUUGAAGAUUCCUCGAAAAUUCCAACCAAGCCUAUUUGGGAUGCUUGGUCUUCAUUUAGGGGAGAUAGAAGCAUGUCCCAUGAGCUUCCCAAAUUAAAUGAGACAAAGAUUUGGGUUCCUACAAAUCCUCAUGGAGCUGAAAGACUGCCCCCAAGAAUUGUGGAAUCUCAAUCAGAUCUCUAUCUUCGUCAGUUGUGGGGUCUACCCGAUCAGGACCUAAGUAUCAAACCCAAAUAUCUUGUAACUUUUACUCUCAGGUAUGAUCAGAGAAGCAACAUUGAUGCUGCAAUCAAAAAGUUCGCAGAAAACUUCACCAUUGUGUUGUUUCACUAUGAUGGACGCGCUAGUGAGUGGGAUAACUUUGAGUGGUCCAAGAAAGCAAUUCAUAUCAGUGUUAGAAAGCAAACUAAAUGGUGGUAUGCUAAACGCUUUCUACAUCCUUACAUUGUGGCUCCCUAUGAUUACAUCUUCAUUUGGGAUGAGGAUCUUGGUUUGGAUCAUUUUGAUGCAGAGGAGGAUAAGAAAAAAGGUUGGUGUCCAGAGCCAAACUUGCCACCUUGUGCUGCAUUUGUUGAGAUCAUGGCUCCUGUAUUUUCCAGAGAUGCAUGGCGCUGUGUGUGGCAUAUGAUACAGCAUGACCUGAUUCAUGGAUGGGGUCUUGAUUUUGCUCUCAGAAAAUGUGUGGAGACUCCUCAUAAGAAAAUAGGAGUUGUUGAUGCUCAGUGGAUUGUCCAUCAAAGUGUUCCUUCACUUGGGAACCAAGGGCAAGCAGAGACUGGCAGGGCACCAUGGGAAGGGGUGAGGGAGAGGUGUAAGAAGGAAUGGACAAUGUUCCAAGAACGUAUGGCUAAUGCUGAGAAGGACUACUUUCAGGGACUGACCCUUAACUCCACUAGAAGCUAG